UGAGCCACAAGAGAACUCACUUCCUUUUUUCUCUUUUGAGAUAUCAUAAGCGGAAUGUUUUGGGGGUCAGAAGCCAGCAAUACCUGCCACCAUCACCAAUUACCUUUUCAAAAUAAAACUGAGGCGUUCCCGUCAUGGCGCAGUGGUUAACGAACGAAUCUGACUAGAAACCAUGAGAUUGCAGGUUCGAUCCCUGGCCUUGCUCAGUGGGUUAAGGAUCCAGCAUUGCCUUGAGCUGUGGUGUAGGUCACAGACGCAGCUCAGAUCCCGUGUUGCUGUGGCUCUGGCGUAGGCCAGGGGCUACAGCUCUGAUUAGACCCCUAGCCUGGGAACCUCCAUGUCGCAGGAGAGGUCCUACAAAAGGCAAAAAGACCAAAAAAAAAAAAAAAAAAGAAUCCGACUGCCAUGGCUCGGUCACUUUGGAUGUGUGUUCAAUCCUGGCCUGGUGCCGUGGGUUAAAGGAUCUGACAUUGCUACAGCUGUGGCACAGGUUGCAGCUGGGGUUUGGAUUCAAUGCCUGUCUGGGAAAAGUCUAUAUGCCACGGAUGCAGCCAUAAAAUUAAAAAAAAAAAAAAAGUUAGACGGAGAGAAAUAGAGAAAUUGGCAUUAUUUGUGGGGUGAACCUGUCAAAGAUAUUUAUCUCUAUUAAUUUUCUUAAAAAGAGAGAGGACCGGGGAUAACUUCAGUGCUAGGACAGAACCUUGAAAGAAUGAGACAUAGACCAAGUUCAUUUUCACGAUUAUGUAGAAAAGGUAUACAACUUGACUGAGAAAUCUGAAUCACGCCAUAGGUGAGCAGGAUGAAGUUUCCAGGUAUUUGGAGAUAUGCAACUCUGAAAAGAAAAUGGAGAGGCUCAAAGUAUAAUGAAUCCACUUUCGCUUGGAUCCUCUCUCCACACCAAAAUGGGAAAAAUUCUAAAUAAAAAUAUCAUACAUUACAGAUGAUAAAAUGUGGAAAGAUUCAAUUUUUUGAAUCCUACAAACAUUUCUCCAAAUAUACAUUUAGAAUGAAAGAUAAAUUCUAACGUUACUGAAUUACACUAAUUCUUGUUGUUUUCUAAGAAAGGUGAAAGAAGAGUCAAGGGAAAGAGAUUCAGAAGUCCUUAGACAUUCAUUCUGGUAUUUAACCUGGCAAGUCACUUACACUGACCAUAAAUUCCUUUUCCUCACCCAUAAAAAACUGGAUGACAUAAUGCAUUCAUAGCUCUAAAAAUCACAUGAUUCUAUCCAAUAUAUGACAGUGCUUGACACGUAGCAGUCGUCCAAAAUUAUUUCUUAAACGUAUAACUUCUUAAAAUGGAAUCUUAGACUGGAAAUCCAAAGCUACUUUUUACUAGCUUUCGGGUUUUUUUUAAUUUAUAAAAUGAAGGAUUUUUCUUAUUGCUUUAAAACUAUUAAGGAUUUUGCAAUUCCAUCAUUUUGCCGGCCACUAGAAUCUUCUGUGCCUGGCAGGUGCCACGUACCUUCAGCGUUUCGGCUACGUUUAUAUCCGCCAGACCCCAGUCCUAACAGCGCGGCCACUGCAACCACCUGCAGCAAAGCCCGCCCCUCGACCACACCCAAACCGGAAGCCAGGACGCCCCUGGGCUUGACGGGAAGACGCCGCCAGGCUGAUCUCUCCCCGCCCGCCCCCUCCGGUGACGUCACCGCCCGCCCCUUGACCUCGCGGCCCCGCCCCCUUCCCUGCCUACGGUGGUCAGCGGCUGCAGAGUCUCAGGAGACUAUGGAGGGGUCUCAGCCGGUGGCCACACAUCAGGGAGAAGAGGCAUCCUGCUCCUCCUGGGGGCCCGGCAGUGUGAAUACAAAUUUGCCCAUCAUGCCAACAGAAUCUGUGGAGAUCGAUGAUGCAUUAUACAGUCGACAGAGGUAUGUUCUUGGAGACACAGCAAUGCAGAAGAUGGCCAGGUCCCAUGUUUUCUUAAGUGGUAUGGGCGGUCUCGGUUUGGAAAUUGCAAAGAAUCUUGUUCUUGCAGGAAUUAAGGCAGUUACAAUUCAUGAUACAGAAAAAUGCCAAGCAUGGGAUCUAGGAACAAACUUCUUUCUCUGUGAAGAUGAUGUUGUUAAUUCAAGAAACAGGGCUGAAGCUGUACUUCAGCAUAUUGCAGAAUUAAAUCCAUAUGUUCAUGUCACAUCAUCUUCUGUUCCUUUAAAUGAAAGCACAGAUCUCUCCUUCUUAGAUAAAUACCAGUGUGUAGUAUUGACCGAGAUCAAACUUCCCUUGAGGAAGAAGAUCAAUGACUUUUGCCGUUCUCAGUGCCCUCCAAUUAAGUUCAUCUGUGCAGAUGUACAUGGAGUUUGGUCACGGUUGUUUUGUGAUUUUGGUGAUGAAUUUGAAGUUCUAGAUACAACAGGAGAAGAACCAAAAGAAAUUUUCAUUUCAAAUAUAACGCAAGCUAACCCUGGCAUUGUCACUUGCCUUGAAAAUCAUCCUCACAAACUUGAAACAGGACAAUUCCUAACAUUUCGAGAAAUUAAUGGAAUGACAGGCUUAAAUGGAUCUACACAACAAAUAACUGUGAUAUCACCAUUUUCUUUUAGCAUUGGUGAUACUACAGGACUGGAACCUUAUUUACACGGAGGCAUCGCUGUUCAAGUUAAGACUCCUAAAACAUUUUGCUUUGAACCAUUAGAGAAGCAGAUAAAACAUCCAAAGUGCCUUAUUGCGGAUUUUAGCAAACCUGAGGCAUCUUUAGAGAUUCACUCAGCCAUGCUUGCUUUGGACCAGUUUCAGGAGAACUAUAGUCGCAAGCCAAAUAUUGGGUGCCAACAAGAUUCAAAGGAGCUUCUGAAAUUAGCAACGUCUAUAUGCGAAACCUUGGAAGAGAAGCCUGAGGUAAAUAAUGACAUUGUGCGUUGGCUUUCUUGGACUGCCCAGGGCUUUUUGCCCCCACUUGCUGCAACAGUAGGAGGUCUUGCCAGCCAAGAAGUAUUGAAAGCUGUGACAGGAAAGUUCUCUCCUUUGUGCCAGUGGUUGUACAUUGAAGCAGCAGAUAUUGUCGAAUCCCUAGACAAACCUGAACGUGAAGAAUUUCUCCCACGAGGAGAUAGAUAUGAUGCCUUAAGAGCCUGCAUUGGAGACACUUUGUGUCAGAAGCUACAAAAUCUAAAUAUCUUUCUAGUAGGGUGUGGAGCCAUAGGCUGUGAAAUGUUAAAAAAUUUUGCUUUGCUUGGUGUUGGCACAGGCAAAGAGAAGGGAAUGGUUACAGUAACAGAUCCUGACUUGAUAGAAAAAUCUAACUUGAAUAGACAGUUCCUCUUUCGUCCUCAUCACAUACAGAAACCUAAAAGCUAUACUGCAGCUGAUGCAACCCUGAAAAUAAAUCCUCAAUUAAAGAUAGAUGCACACUUGAACAAAGUAUGUUCAGCCACUGAGGCAAUUUACAAUGAUGAGUUCUAUACUAAGCAGGAUAUAAUUAUUACAGCGUUAGAUAAUGUGGAAGCCAGGAGAUAUGUAGACAGCCGUUGCUUAGCAAAUCUGCGGCCUCUCUUAGAUUCUGGAACAAUGGGCACUAAGGGACACACUGAAGUUAUUGUACCUCAUUUAACUGAAUCCUAUAAUAGUCAUCGAGAUCCCCCAGAGGAGGAAAUACCAUUUUGUACCUUAAAGUCCUUUCCAGCUGCUAUCGAACACACCAUACAAUGGGCAAGAGAUAAGUUUGAAAGUUCCUUUUCAUACAAGCCUUCGUUGUUUAACAAAUUUUGGCAAACCUAUUCAUCUGCAGAAGAAGUCUUACAGAAAAUACAAACUGGACAUAGUUUAGAAGGCUGUUUUCAAGUUAUUAAGUUACUUAGCAGAAGACCUCGAAAUUGGACCCAGUGUGUAGAAUUAGCAAGAUUAAAGUUUGAAAAAUAUUUUAAUCAUAAGGCUCUUCAGCUUCUUCACUGUUUCCCUCUGGACACACGAUUAAAAGAUGGCAGUUUGUUUUGGCAGUCACCAAAGAGGCCCCCCUCUCCAUUAAAAUUUGAUCUAAAUGAACCUUUGCACUUGAGUUUCCUUCUGAAUGCUGCAAAAUUAUAUGCUACAGUCUAUUGCAUUCCAUAUACAGAAGAGGACUUAUCAGCAGACACCCUGUUGAAUAUUCUUUCUGAAGUAAAGAUUCAGGAAUUCAAACCUUCCAACAAGGUUGUUCAAACAGAUGAAACUGCAAGGAAACCAGACCAUGUUCCUAUUAGCAGUGAAGAUGAGAGGAAUGCUAUUUUCCAACUGGAAAAGGCUAUUUCAUCUAAUGAAGCUACUGCAAGUGACCUUCAGAUGGCAGUGCUUUCAUUUGAAAAAGAUGAUGAUCGUAAUGGACACAUAGAUUUCAUCACAGCUGCAUCAAAUCUUCGUGCCAAAAUGUAUAGCAUCGAACCAGCUGACCGUUUGAAAACAAAGCGCAUAGCAGGUAGAAUUAUACCUGCUAUAGCAACAUCCACUGCCGCAGUUUCUGGCUUGGUUGCAUUGGAAAUGAUCAAAGUAGCUGGUGACUAUCCAUUUGAAGCAUAUAAAAAUUGUUUCCUUAAUCUAGCCAUUCCAAUUAUAGUGUUUACAGAGACAUCUGAAGUAAGAAAAACUGAAAUCAGAAAUGGAAUAUCAUUUACAAUUUGGGACAGAUGGACUAUACAUGGAAAAGAAGAUUUCACCCUCUUGGAUUUCAUAAAUGCAGUCAAAGAGAAGUAUGGAAUUGAGCCAACAAUGGUGGUACAGGGAGUCAAAAUGCUUUAUGUUCCUGUAAUGCCUGGUCAUGCAAAAAGAUUGAAGUUAACAAUGCAUAAACUUGUGAAACCUUCUACUGAAAAGAAAUAUGUGGAUCUUACUGUGUCAUUUGCUCCAGAUACUGAUGGUGAUGAAGAUUUACCUGGACCUCCAGUAAGAUACUACUUUAGUCAUGACACUGAUUAACAGAAGUUGUCUUAAAUUUAGGAUUACUUAAUGUUGGAAAGAAUGCACUUCAUUCAGGAGCUAAAAAAGUCAGUUUGUAAUGGUAUGGAUUUCUCUUUGAUGAAGCCUUAAUUUAAGGGAAACAUCAGUAGAAAACCACAGUGAAGAAUUGUAAAGCAUGUUGAAGCAUACUAUACACUUGUGUAGUGCAUCAUAUGUGGAUGUAAUCACAAGCAACUUUGAACUGGAAUGCCUUUUUUUAAUGCUUACAAAAAUAUUUGUGUAUUAACCUCUUUGAACGAAAAGAAGGAAAAAUAGCUAUCCAAGACCAGAAGAGAUAAAAGAUCAAGAAACUGAAAGUAACAAAUGGAGCUAUCCAAAAGGUUUCAUCCUAUUUUAUGAAUUUCUCUUUGUUUAGUAUUUGAGGCCCGUGUUUCUAUACAGAUAGUGUUUGGCUCCCUGUACCCUUCAUGGUGAGGCUUUGACUUUAACACCAGUGGGUAGAGGAGGGGUGGUAGAAGUGGAUGAAUAGUAGACAUUUGAAAUGUACAGUUACAGAUUACUGUCCUGUUACCUCUGAUGAGUUAACCAGAGUUUAUAUCACUGCCUCCUCAGAAUCAGGAUCUUUGUUGAACACAUCAAAUGACAGGUGUUAACCGGAACUAAAUGUUAACAUAUUUUUUGGACUCUGAUAGGCCUCUUAGAGAAUCCGUGAAUGUGAACACAUAAACACGGCUAGUCAUUUGAUUCUUCAGUAUGCCUUCUGAUGUGGUUAUUUUAUUUAUUUGGAACUCUAAACCUGAUUGUCAUAGCAUAUAAGACUAAAAGACUUUGUAAAGGGAGUUGUCCUUAGAAGUAGAUGAAAAAUAGAAAUUAAAAAAUUAUCACUAGUUGAGUCUUGAUUUUUUUCUUCCAGCAACCUAAUGGACAGAAAAAAAAAUUAAUAUUUUAUUUUAAAAGGAAAUGUAUUAAUUUAAUUCUACAUUCCCAGAAAGGGAAUUGAUGAAGAUAAAAUUUUAUUUUUUUAGGUCUUUGUGAUAGAAACUUUCUGUUUUCUGAAAUGAGCUAUUGCAGAUGUUCAUAGAAAUGCUUUCAUUAAGAUGACAUAAAGUGUGCUCAGCACUGUCAACUUAGUGAAAACACCAAGUAUUUAUUCUUUUUCUAAGGCUAUCAUGCAUUCUAAAGCAAUUUUAUAACUGCAAAGUCAUUUCCCUUUAGCUGCUUGUCUUCUAUUCAGACCAUGAAUAGGUACUUCAAUAAAUUAAAAACUAGAUUCACAUUAGUAUUACUCUAAUUUGAUAUCUUUUUAUAUUCUCUACUUAACUUUUAUUCCACUUAUGAAUAGUUUAAAUUACUUAGCCAACUGUAUUGUUUCAUUCUUUUGUAAAACUAUCAUCUAAUUGGGAAAAUAAUUUAGGAGUGAAGGGUGAAUUUGUAUGAUUAAUUGAUAAUCUGUGGAGUUCUCUUGUGAUGCAGCAGGUUAGGAAUCUUGUGUUGUCAUUGCAGCAAUCUGGGUCGCUGGUGUGGCACGGGUUUGAUCCCUGGCCCAGGAACUUCUGCAUGCUGAAAGUGCAGCCGAGAAAGAAAAAUAAUAAUAAAUAAAUAAAGGGUAAUCUGUGCAUUUGGAAAUGAGGAUAAGUGAACAGGAUGCAUUUAAAGAAAUUGGCUGCCUUCAAAAUAAUUAAUUUUGAUUCAUCAAUCAUACCCACUUCUAUCAUGUAUAUUGCAAGUAUAAUGCUUAAAACUAAUAUUACUUAAAAAUAAAUCAAGGAAUAUCAAAACUCUGUGGCUUAGAGCUUUAGAGACUAGCAAUAAGACUUUUCUAUAAGAAUCCUGUUUGCCACUUUUCUGUUUUGUACUCUGAUAGUAACUCAUAUUUUCCAGGUAGGCAUUCAGUAAUUCUCUAGUUGUGAUCUGAGAGCUUACUUAUAUUUGGUCCAAAUCUCCACAUCUCUUUAGAAAUAAAUUUAGAACAGAACCAAGUUAUCAAUUCUUAUUCAGUGCUUUUAGCAGAUAUCAACAAAAUCAACAAGGCUUAAAUUCAUUUUGUGAUGAAGGCUGAAACCAUAUUCUCAUAGCUUUUUUUUCCUGUAGGUAAUAUUUAUUGCCAUUAAUUUCUUCUUUUUACUUCUACUAACCUGGAAAGCCAGUGUGAAUUUAGUGAUGGUUUUUUUCAUUAUCUAUUUUGUUUAUUUCUGUACCAUGAGAUCACUGCUGGUAAUUGAAAUAUCAGGUGCAAAAAUGAAUGAUUUGAUUUUGUACAGUACCACUGAGUAAUUUUUUACCUAUUAAAAAUAAAUUAAGAAAUUUGA